AUGGCGGCGGCUAACGCUUUGAUCGCCAUGAGGGAGGCCCUUACGGAGAACGAGGAAGAGCCGGUUCUGAAAUCGAAUUUGGAGGAGAAGAAAGAAGAAAAAGAAGAAGAGAAGGAUGAGCAAAAGGUUGUUGACAUGGAUUUGAGUGGAGAAGAAAUGGGGAGCUGGAAUGGAAGUGAUGAUGGAAAUGAGAAUGUGAAUGAGGAUGGGUAUGGGUAUGGGUAUGGGAAUGGGAGUGAGAACGAGAAUGAAAACGAGGAUGAGGAUGAAGAUGAGGAUAGGAAGAGAGAAGUAGAAGAGAACGAUGAUGAAGAUGGUGGAGUGGAAGAGAAUAAGAGUGGAAAUGAGACAUUCUUUGGCAGUGAAGUAAAUAAUGGUAGCAGUGAGAUGGAUAUAAGAAGAACGGGUAUGGUGGUGGUAUUCGAAAGUAUCAGUAUCCAGUGA